GUGAAGUACGGACAUCGACACUCGCAUUUCGGCUACUCGGUGGCCACUCACACGAUUGGUGAGGCCAAUGGGCCCAACAAGACCAAUUGGUAUGUACUGCUUAACCCAUUAGCUGCAGCUGUGAUUAAUUAAGCCACAAAAUGCUGGGAUAUCUUUUCAUUGUGAGUGCCACAACAAUGCAGUGAAUGGCAAACAAACCACACUCCACUGACAGUUUGCAUUUAAAUGCCAAUCAGGGCCACACAAAAUACGCACAAAGGGGCAAAUAAAAGGGUAAAAAACUGACAGAAACGUGGACAAUUUGAAGACAUGUGAUUUUCGAGUGCGGGUGGUGCUGUUUUUUUAAUGGUUUCUAUGGUUUUUAUAGUUUCGCUGGUGGUGGUUUCAUUAAGUCAGCCGCCUAAUGCGAUUUUGACAAAUAAAUUCAUCAACACUUCCGCUGACAACUGGCAGAUGAGGCAGCCACACAGCAGCAACUACUGCAAGUCCAGCUGCAACAUAAAUUGCAACUGCAACAGCAAUUGCAACUGCAGCUGCACGCAAAAAAUAUUCACAGUCUAGAGUCAAAAAAUAUAUGAAAUACUUGCUUAUAGCUUAGAAACUGAGAACUGAAAGCAAAUAAUUUUUUUACCCAAUCCAUGACUGUAUAGAAAUACAUUUUACCAUGCAUGUAGUAAACAUAACACAUUUAUUCUCAGUGUUCAACUGCUGCAAAAUGUUAACAACGGCAGCAACAGCCAAACGCAUUUGAAAUUCAAAUUUGAGCACAUUUAACGAGCAUUCGCUUGGACAGCAAAGCAGUUGUAGUUGCGUUUGAGUGGUUUUAGUUGACUGUUUGCUGGCUAUCUGAGGGGGUGGUUUCCCCCAGGGGGGAGGAGGUGGGGUCUAGUUGAGCGGGUGGUGCAGUGGAUUAGCAGCAGCCAGCGUUGUGGCUGUUGGCCUGCCAUGUCGACGCUCAUCAGGCUGACAGCUCUGGCAGAGCGAUAAAUUUGCCAGGCACCCAGGCUUCCAGUCAACCACCGCAGCAAAUAACUGCAAAACACUGCACCACUGAGCCACUGCACCACUGCACCACUGCACCAUUGCACCAUUGCACCAUUGCACCACUGAGCCACCCAUGGCAAAGCGGAGCCAUUCUGCACCACAGUGCUCAAGUUCUCGGGAAGUUCUCGGCGACCAGAGAAUACACAAAGUUAAUUGAGCAUGCAACCAGAUCAGAUUCCUGAUUCGCCUGUAACAGUGACAAAAAAAAAGUAUUGCAACGAACAAAUAUUUAUCUGAAACUAUACCAUACAUUAUUGUUUUAUAGUUUAUAAGAAAUUCUUAUAUUAUACAAAUGGCUUUUUAAUUCUCAAUUUAUUGUAAAUGCGCACAUAUGCUAGCAAGUAUGUUUUAUGUUCUUACAUAUGUAAAUGUGCAUUCUGCAUGUUUCUAAAAGUAUCUGAGUAUCUGAAAGCUGGAAUAUGAAAAUCAACUUUUAAUUUAGAUUUUCAGAACUGAAAAAUCCAAUUUUCUAGAUACUUUUAUUUUUCACUGCUGAUUUUUAGACGUUUCUUGUGAUCCCUGUAAGUUAUUAAUUCGCGGAGUCAACAGAAAUGCAUACGGCAACGUGACAAUGUGCGAGGGCGAGAGAGAGAGGGAGUGAUAGAGCAAGAGAGAGAGGGAUCUAGAGUGAGAAAGAGAGAGAGAAAGAUAUUUGAAUAACUGAGGGCGCGAAUGCGAAUGGCUGUUUUCGAGCAUUCCAGUAUUUCAAUAUCCCUGUGGGCGAUUUUCAGAUAUGCCAGGCGAUGCGAUGCACAGUCACCCAUAAAAGUCAACGGACCUAAUGAACUUGCAAAUUUUUAUGACUGCUUGUGUGGGGCUGUGUCGGAAUAUCACAUUGACUUCCUGGGCUGGCGAAUUUGUAAGAAUCCGCUUUGAUUCGAAGCUUAUCGCAGUUCAAAUGUGACAUUUAAUAGCUUUUUCAGAAAUUUUCCAAGCUAUGAAUGCAACUUUUUUGUUCGCCAACAUUUCAAACAGUACCCAAUGCAAGUUCCUUCACUGUACUUGUAAUUUUAAAAUUUUGAAUCAAAUCACUGUUUUUGGCUGCCCACUAAAUGAAGGGCAACUUCGAAGGUUUUUGUAAACCAACUGAAAAACCAUCGAAAUCGAAACGAAACGAAUUCAAAAUUGAUUGCCUCCUCCGGAUGCGAUGAAUUUCCAAUGAUCGCAGCAAUAAUAAACGAAGAGAGCCGAGGCCCCCAAAAAUAAACAACAACUCCGAAUGCCCAUUGUAAUAAGUGCACUUGAGUAUGCCGUCCAUAAAAUGAGGCGAUACGGUUUAGAGUUCAAUCGCGAUGGACAUAACAAUUAUGAUUACUACAGAUCCAGUCGAAUUACUAUAUGUAUUCGUUCCCAUUUCACCCACUGAUAGUGGCUAUCUGAAAAAAACUGAAAAAACUGAAACAAAAUUGUUCAUGCCGCAUGGCCCCCAAAUGUUUGACCCACUUACAGUAUAGACAACGGGGCAUAGUAGAAUCGGAAGUAUCUGGGAUGCUAUAUACUGUAUCUAUCUACUCAACAUAUGUUGCCCCCAAAUUCGAUUUACCAGAUUGCCUACUACGUAAGGGAAUUACUAUUAAAUUUUACUAUGCUUAUGAAAAGAAAUAUUUAAAUUAUUCGUGGCACGUUAUAGAGGGAUAAAAACUGAGUAACACAUUUCUGCCAGUUCUUAUUUGCUUGAGGUUGAGUUUUUUUUUUUUUUUUUUUGUUUGCACAGCUGCCAACUCUCACAGGAACUUCACCUUCUCACUUCCUCUUGAUAGCGUUUUGGGUUUUUGUUUUCUCUUUUUGGCAUUUCCGAUAAGAGGUAUCAAAGUAUAUCUUGAAAAACCAAUUUUUUGGCAGGCUAAAAAUGAGUUUAUGUUUCGUUUUGAUAACGUAACUCAGAACUCCGAGAAAAGUCAAUCCGAAAUAGGAGUUAGUAUAACCAAUCGAAUCAUGAUCGAGGAAAGUUCCCACAGUCAAACCGAAAGUGAGAGCGAUGAGGCGCCGAAACCGGAACCGGAAAAGGAACAGAAACAGGAGGAGGAACAGGAACAAGAACCGGAUGUGGAGCAGGCCAGGAUCAGGGAAUCCGCAGAGGAUCUGAGCAGCAACGAGUGGCUGAGUCUGCAUGGAUUUCCACCUGGCAGCGCUGAACAAUUGCUGGCCAUUUUCCGGCGCUUCUGUUCAAUAAACUCGCAUCGCAAGAGUAAGCAUGGUCUGGAGCUGAGAUUCGCAUCCGCGGAGUGUCUGCAGCUGGGCGUUCUGAUGGCCAAGCGUCUGGUGGUGGGCAACAUGCAGAUCCACUGGCAUGUCGGCCGCCUGGAGGAUGAUCCAUCCAUCAAUCCCGAUCCAUCCAGAGAGCGCAGUGCGGCCGGUGAACUUGGCGUUUUGGGUAAAUUGCGAAGGGCAUUCGCCAACUACUUUCGCUAACUUUGCCAAUGCACAAUGUAUCUUGUACUUUUAAAGCAGUAAAACAGCUUAUUGGCAA